UUUUUUUUUUUUUUAUUAUUAUUUCGAACAUGUGUGCUGUGUGCCUGGACACGGAGAUACGUAAAUUGAAACCCGCCGAAUUGUACACCCUAGGAAACAUAUUGAACUUCUCCGAUUCGUGGAAAAAAGUUAUGGCUCUUGUGGUUAAACGCGAAAAUGUUCCCAAAUUUAAUAACGAUCAUAUCAGGUAGAUGGAAUUAGAAAAUCUUUUGUUUCUUUUAGUUUCUAAAUCUUGUUGUUUAAGUUUGCGAUCCUAGAGAUUUGUUGUUGCAUCAACAAGAACUGUGAUAGAAGAGACUUGAAAAAGAGUCGCGCUCCGCACGUCGAUCUUAAAAAAAAAAAAAUUUAUUACAACAUCGCGGUGUUAUAUUGUCUUCUCAAUCAAAAGAUUUGUCAUCGUGAGUCACGCAUGUAAUGUGUGUUGCAACAAUCGCUCGUGAGAGUGUGUGUCUUUAUAUCUACAUAUAAAGAUAAAUUAAAAAAAUCAAAUGUCAUUUAGUGCAAUUGAGAUGUGUUUUUGCCAAAAAAAAAAAAAAACCAAGCAUCUCAUAUCUGCGUGUGUGACUCGCGUGUUAUUCGGAAACAAUCAAAAAUUGUGUGAAUUCGCUUUAAUUUAUUUUCUCUGUAUGUGUUCUCUGUAAAUCUCGAAAGACGAUGUAUUGCGAAAUAAAAAUUCAAUCAAAUAUUUGACUAUGAUAGAACAAACAGCGUGCAAAGACAAGCGCAACGCGGCUCAGAUGUUUUUGGACGAGUGGAGCACAAUGGGAAGAAAGAGACCAACGUUGAGAACGUUGUUGGAUCUUCUGAUGAAAGCAGAAUUGUUCAGAGCUGCCGAUUACGUAGCGUGCGACAUAUUAAAACAAGAAAGACCGAAGAGGCCCGAUUGCGGUCCAGCAGCUUCCGUUGAUAUAAGCGACACGGUUGUAGAUCAGUUGUUGAAACAGCAACAGAUACAUCAGCUGAAUGUAUUCGGUGAUUCUCUGAUAUUAGGCUCGGCGUCGGAAUUCGUCUCGGAAGUUAACGGUCCUUGUGACAACGUGGCAAACGAUGCGAAUAAAAUUGCAAAUACAAAUCUGUUGGACAUAGGUAACGACGGUUCGUGCGAGAAACCCGCGGAUAUUUUGUUCGAAACCGUGUCGAACCUGAGAAACUGCAGUGUCGCUGAUAAAACAGCGGAUAACACGGACAAAGCGACAAACGAAUGCGCGGAAAACACUUCCGUUUCAACUCGCAGUUCCGAGUCAGAUAAAGUUAAAAGAGACGCGAAUAAAUUAGAGGAACCGAAUAUUCCGGAUCGAUAUUACAAAUACGAAGAAGUAUCGUCUCAAGAAUUGCCUGUGUUCAUUAACAAUCCCAAGCAAUCUGUCGCAGCGUUUGAUGAAGAAAUGUGCUCCUCCGAUAUUCCUCUUUGUUUGAAGUUUUGAAAAAAAAAAGAAACGGUUCUCGUUCUAGAACCGUGUCGUAAUUUUGAUUCAACUUAAAACCAACUGGUCUCCGCUCUAACACUCGUUCAGCGAAAACACUGGCGAUUAGAAAUAAGAAUGCGCCAAUCUCGCGAGAUUGAUCGGCGAGAGAAACUUUUUAUAAAACUGAGGCAACAAGAGUUGGUUGUAAAUAAAACAAUUGAGAGAAGUAACAAGGCCCAGAUGCGCUGGAUGUACACGCAAAAAUAUAUUUUUGUUAACACGUUAAAUUAAAUUGUACAGCAAUUGAAAUUGAAUAUUAAUUCGAUUAAUAUUCGAUGUAUAAAAAAACAACAAUCUUUUAGCCGGUGAUUGAGCCGGACUUCUCGCACGCUCCGUUUUCUCAAAUAGUUUAAUACCGAGAGAGACUUUGUCACACAAAUUUUAUAUAAAUGUUUAAAUAAAAUGUACAAUGUACAUCUUUUAUCAGG